GGGUGGAUGAGAGGGAGGAAAGUAGAUGUGUAGGACCUGAGUGAGGAAAAAGUUUGCAAGUCUGAACAGAGGGGAAAGCUUCCUUUUCUUCACCCAAGCCGACUGGCACAAUUGGAACACCCGCUGACCCACUCUGGCUCAAGCUUUCUCUAAGGAAAUCUUCAAGAUUAUGUCAAUCGGUCAGAGUCAGCCAGGGAUUUCAUGCCGGUGCUGAAGGCGCUGCAGGAGACGGGGAAGAAUGAAACUGCGUGGAGUCAGCCUGGCUGCCGGCUUGUUCUUACUGACCCCGACUCUUUGGGGGCAGCCCGCAGAGGCUGCGGCUUGCUACGGAUGUUCUCCAGGGUCAAAAUGUGACUGUAGUGGUGUAAAAGGAGAAAAGGGAGAGAGAGGAUUUCCAGGCUUGGAGGGGCAUCCAGGUUUGCCUGGAUUUCCAGGUCCAGAAGGGCCUCCAGGACCUCGAGGUCAAAAGGGUGAUGAUGGAAUUCCAGGACCACCAGGACCAAAAGGAAUCAGAGGUCCUCCUGGACUUCCUGGAUUUCCAGGGACACCAGGUCUUCCUGGAAUGCCAGGCCAUGAUGGAGCCCCUGGUCCCCAAGGUAUUCCUGGAUGCAAUGGAACCAAGGGAGAACGUGGAUUUCCAGGCAGUCCAGGUUUCCCUGGUUUACAGGGUCCUCCGGGACCUCCUGGGAUCCCAGGUAUGAAGGGAGAACCAGGUAGUAUAAUUGUGUCAUCAUUGCCAGGACCAAAGGGUAACCCAGGACAUCCAGGUCCUCCUGGAAUACAGGGCCCUCCUGGCCCACCAGGGCCUCCAGGACCAAAGGGGAAUAUGGGCUUAAAUUUCCAGGGACCCAAAGGUGAAAAGGGUGAGCAAGGUCUUCAGGGCCCACCUGGACCACCUGGGCAGAUCAGUGAACAGAAAAGACCAAUUGAUGUUGAGUUUCAAAAAGGAGAUCAGGGACUUCCAGGUGACCCAGGGCCUCCCGGACCUCCAGGCAUACGUGGUCCUCCAGGUCCUCCAGGUGGUGGGAAAGGUGAGAAGGGUGAGCAAGGAGAACCAGGCAAAAGAGGUAAACCAGGCAAAGAUGGAGAGAAUGGACAACCAGGGAUUCCAGGUUUACCUGGUGAUCCCGGUUACCCUGGUGAACCAGGAAGGGAUGGUGAAAAGGGCCAAAAAGGCGACAUUGGGCCACCUGGGCCUCCUGGACUGGUAAUUCCUAGACCUGGGACUGGUGUUACUGUAGGAGAAAAAGGAAAUAUUGGAUUACCUGGAUUACCUGGAGAAAAAGGAGAGCGAGGAUUUCCUGGAAUUCAAGGCCCACCUGGCCUUCCUGGUCUGCCAGGGACUGCAGUUAUGGGUCCUCCUGGGCCCCCUGGAUUUCCUGGAGAAAGAGGCCAGAAAGGUGAUGAAGGGCCACCGGGCAUUUCUAUUCCUGGCUCUCCUGGACUUGAUGGACAGCCUGGACCUCCUGGGCUUCCAGGCCCUCCUGGCCCUUCUGGCCCUCCCAGCCCUCCUAGUGAUGAGAUAUGUAAACCAGGUCCGCCAGGUCCCCCAGGAACUCCAGGCGAUAAAGGUCUCCAAGGAGAACAAGGACUGAAAGGUGACAAAGGUGAUACCUGCUUCAACUGUAUUGGAACUGGUAUUUCGGGGUAUCCAGGCCAACCUGGUUUGCCAGGUCUCCCUGGUCCUCCAGGAUCUCUUGGUUUCCCUGGACAGAAGGGUGAAAAAGGACAGACUGGAGAAACUGGCACAAAAGGAUUACCAGGCAUACCAGGAGCUCCAGGUGCUCCAGGACUUCCUGGAUCAAAAGGGGAACCUGGUGACAUCUUCACUUUCCCAGGAAUGAAGGGUGAAAAAGGAGAGUUGGGUGCUCCUGGAGCUCCAGGGCUUCCUGGUUUACCCGGCACUCCUGGACAGGAUGGAUUACCUGGCCUUCCUGGGCCCAAAGGAGAGCCUGUGAGUCAAUUUGAUGUUCUUGGUUUACCAGGAGUUCCAGGACCUCCAGGGGCACCUGGGAUCCCUGGAAGAAUUGGUCUAGAAGGCCCUCCAGGGCCACCAGGCUUUCCAGGACCAAAGGGAGAGCCAGGUUUUGGGUUGCCUGGACCACCUGGGCCACCAGGACUCCCAGGUUUCAAGGGAACACUUGGUCCAAAAGGUGAUCGUGGUUUCCCAGGACUUCCAGGUCCUCCAGGACUCACUGGCUUGGAUGGUCUACCUGGACCAAAAGGUGAUAUUGGACCAAAUGGGCAACCCGGGCCAAGAGGACCUCCGGGGCAGCCAGGAAUUGGUGCUCAGGGACCACCAGGACCACCAGGAGUUCCUGGACUAAUAGGUGAACCAGGCUUACAUGGAAUACCAGGAGAGAAGGGAGAUACAGGACCUCCUGGACUUGAUGUUCCAGGACCUCCUGGGGAGAGAGGUAGUCCAGGGAUCCCUGGAAUACCUGGUCCUAUGGGACCCCCAGGAUCACCAGGGAUCCCAGGAAAAGCAGGUGCCCCUGGAUUCCCAGGAACUAAAGGUGAAAUGGGUAUGAUGGGCCCUCCAGGACCACCAGGACCUUUGGGAAUUCCUGGCAGGAGUGGGGCUCCUGGUCUUAAAGGUGAUACUGGCCUACAGGGCCACCCAGGACUUCCUGGCCCUGCAGGAGAAAAAGGUGGUAAAGGAGAACCUGGCCUUCCAGGCCCUCCUGGACCAAUGGAUCCAAAUCUCUUAACCUCAAAAGGAGAAAAGGGGGAACCUGGUUUACCAGGUGUUCCUGGAGUUUCUGGACCAAAAGGCUACCAGGGUUUGCCUGGAGAUCCAGGACAACCUGGACUGAGUGGACAACCUGGACUACCAGGACUACCAGGUCCCAAGGGUGACCCUGGUCUCCCUGGCCAGCCAGGACUUAUAGGACCUACUGGACCUAAAGGAAACAUAGGUGAUAUGGGUUUUCCAGGUCCUCAGGGUGUAGAUGGACUUCCUGGGCCUCCUGGAGUUCCUGGACAACCUGGCUUUCCAGGAUUACCUGGACAGAAAGGAGAUAAAGGUGAUCCUGGUGUUUCAGGCAUUGGUCUUCCAGGUCUUACUGGCCCAAAGGGUGAACCUGGUCUUCCUGGAAUACCAGGGAACCCAGGCAUCAAAGGUUCUAUGGGAGUUACUGGUUUACCUGGGUUACCAGGAACACCUGGAGCCAAAGGACAACCUGGCCAUCCCGGGUUCCCAGGAACCCCAGGCCUCCCUGGACCAAAAGGAAUUAGUGGUGCCCCUGGGAAUCCUGGCCUUCCAGGAGAACCUGGUCCUGUAGGUGGUGCAGGUCAUCCUGGGCCACCAGGACCUCCAGGUGCAAAAGGAACACCCGGUCAAGAUGGUAUCCCUGGGCCAGCUGGACAGAAGGGUGAACCAGGUCAACCAGGCUUUGGAAUUCCAGGACCCCGUGGAAUCCCAGGCCUUUCUGGUCAAAAGGGUGAUGGAGGAUUACCUGGUAUUCCAGGAAACCCUGGCCUUCCAGGUGCAAAGGGUGAACCAGGCUUUCAAGGUUUCCCUGGUGUGCAAGGUCUGCCAGGCCCUCCUGGUUCUCCAGGUCCAGCUGUGGAAGGCCCUAAAGGCAACCCUGGGCCCCAAGGUCCUCCUGGAAGACCAGGUCCUCCAGGUUUUCAAGGUCUACCAGGUCCAGAAGGUCCCCGUGGUCUCCCUGGAAAUGGAGGUAUUAAAGGAGAAAGAGGAAACCCAGGCCCACCUGGGCAACCUGGCUUGCCAGGUUUGAAAGGAGAUCAAGGAUCACCAGGACUCUCGGGUAAUCCUGGCCGGCCAGGUCUAAAUGGAAUGAAAGGAGAUCCUGGUCUUCCUGGCGUUGCUGGAUUCCCAGGCAUGAAAGGACCCAUUGGAGUGCCUGGUUCAACUGGUCCUGAGGGGGAACCAGGACUUACUGGACCCCCAGGUCCUCCUGGAUUACCUGGUCCUUCAGGACAAAGUGUUAUAAUCAAAGGAGAUGCUGGUCCUCCAGGCAUCCCUGGCCAGCCUGGUUUAAAAGGUCCACCAGGACUGUCAGGCCCUCAAGGUUUACCAGGUCCAGUUGGCCCUCCAGGGGAUCCUGGACGUAAUGGACUCCCGGGCUUUGAUGGUGCAGGAGGGCGCAAAGGAGACACAGGUCUGCCAGGCCAGCCAGGUACCCGUGGUUUGGAUGGUCCUCCGGGACCAAAUGGGUUGCAAGGACCACCAGGUCCCCCUGGAACUACUUCAGUUGCCCAUGGAUUUCUCAUCACACGCCACAGCCAGACAGUGGAUGCACCACAAUGCCCACAGGGAACAGUCCAAAUCUCUGAAGGCUUUUCUCUGCUGUAUGUCCAAGGAAAUAAAAGAGCCCAUGGUCAAGACUUGGGGACGUCUGGCAGCUGCCUUCGUCGCUUCAGUACCAUGCCUUUCAUGUUCUGCAACAUCAAUAAUGUUUGCAACUUUGCUUCAAGAAAUGACUAUUCAUACUGGCUUUCUACUCCAGAGCCUAUGCCAAUGAACAUGGAACCCCUGAAGGGUCAGAGCAUCCAGCCAUUCAUCAGUCGAUGUGUAGUAUGUGAAGCUCCAGCUAUGGUGAUUGCAGUUCACAGUCAGACCAUCCAGAUUCCUCAUUGUCCUCAGGGAUGGGAGUCUCUGUGGAUUGGUUAUUCCUUUAUGAUGCAUACAAGUGCAGGGGCAGAGGGUUCAGGACAAGCACUGGCCUCACCAGGUUCCUGUUUGGAAGAGUUUCGUUCUGCUCCCUUCAUUGAAUGCCAUGGACUAGGAACUUGUAACUACUAUGCCAACUCCUACAGCUUUUGGCUGGCAACUGUAGAUGUGUUGGACAUGUUCAGUAAGCCUCAGUCAGAAACACUGAAAGCAGGAGACUUAAGGACACGUAUUAGCCGAUGCCAAGUAUGCAUGAAGAGGACAUAACAUUUUGAAGAAUUAUGUGUGUUUUAAAAUGCAAUAUAUAUAUAUAUAUAUAUAUAUAUAUAUAUAUAUAUAUAUUAUUGAAUGUCCAGGAUGCAAUGUCUCACUCUCCCCAACUCUACCACUGCUGCCAUCAAUGGUGCUACAAUAUAUGAACAAGACAGCAUGCUGAUUAGUAACCAUGAGGACUCAAAUGUACCUCAGCAAUGUACCAGAGCAAUAUCUCUGUCAUUUUUCUAUGAAUGAAAUAAGGAAAGAAAUUUACUUUGGGGUUUCAGAAUGACUUUCUCUGGGGAUUAUUAGAUGAAAGUAUGUAUUUUGACCAGUUACUAAAAUGGCAUAUUUAAAAUUCAAUUAAUGGAAAAAUCACACUGAGUAAAAGACUGUGGUUCAGAGGAAGAAUUAAUUUUUCAUGGUGCUACUAAUCCUACUGUAUCCCAAGUUCUUAAUAUAAAAGUGUUAAACAUAUUGUGCUCUGUAAGUAAAGAAUGUGUAUAUUGUAUAAACAACCCUAUAGGUCAAAAUUUGAAGUCAUUUAGAUGUGACCUAGCAUGAAUCACUUUUUACAGAAAACAUAAGAAAGCCUAGAAUACAGACAGCAAGAUUUUAUAUGUGAGGGAAUUUAUACUCCUACAAAUAACUACUGAGAUUACAUUCAUAUUUUUCCCCAAAUUUUUAUUUGAUUUUUUAAAAAAUAGAUUGUUUUAGUCACUUUAUUCAAAAUUUGAAAAGUUCAUAUUCCAUGUCAAAUUAUAAUAUCCAGUGGAGCAAUUUCUUUUUUGUUAUGCUCUUCAAAACACUCUUCACACCAGAUGCCCCUUGUUUUAAUGUUUUUUACAUCUUGCCUUUGCUCAUCCAAUAUUGAGUGAAUUUCUCCCCAAUUUUGAAAAACAAAAUUUACCAAAAAGAAAAUGUAGUGAUUCUUUCUUGGUGCUUCUUGUACAAAAAUUCCCCUGCUGUGGUUGUGCUUGUAUAAGAACUGGGAAGACAAAACUUGGUAAUUCGUCUUUUACAAUUCCCAAAAGAUCCAAUGGGUCUUUUUACCCUUUGUAUUUUAAACAUUUUAUUAUAAAUAGUCAUAGGAUACCUUAUUUCCUUACUUGUCACUGAAUAUUUUAAUCCACCAAUAUCAAUUUAAUUAAAGAUAUAUGUUGUAA